AUGUCGGCACAGACCGUGCAGAUGUGGCUGAGUAUGAUUACGCUUUGGGCCAUGCAAGGAAUCAUCAUCAACCGAUUGUGGUGCAUGUACCGCUAUUCCAAGACGAUCCUCAUCCUCCUCCUCGUCACCUUCACCAUCCAAGUCGCUGCAGGAAUCACGAUCCAGUCUCUGAACAAGACAAUCAACAUCGUCGUUCCUUUGCUUCCUGGUCUCGAUUCCUGCAUCCCAACUGGUUUCCUUCCAUGGUUCUGGGCCGUCCUCCUGUUCAUCAUGACCUUCGAUCUCCUCAUCGUCAUUCUCGCCAUUUUGGAAGGUAUCCGGUUCUAUAGGAGGUCCGCACACAGUCGCCACUUGCGUAACAAGGCCCGUGGCCCCUUGAGUGCCGUCCUCGCGCCUUGGCUAGCAGAAGGAAGCAUCGUCCGAGUCCUGCUCCGAGACUCCAUCCUCUUCCCCUUCAUCGGUCUGGCGGUUUGCUUCUUCGCGAUGUUGUCCUGGCUGGAAGUCUUGCCUUGGGGCUCCGUCCAAGUUACUAUGGUCCUCAAUGCCCUCACCGCCCCCGUCCUCGGCAGCCGACUUAUCCUCAACCUGCGUGACGCCUACUACCAACCCUUCGCCGAAGAAGCUGGCGGCAAGGAAGGUCCCAGCCGCUACACCGGCGCCACCUCGACCACGGGCAAGCUCCGCACCGUCGAGUUCCCCAUGUCCUAUACUUCUACCGCCACCAAGACCGGACACAUCUCCUAUGGCACUAACGAGACUGUUAACACAUAG